AUGGCUUAUUCCUCCACCUACAUGAGCCAAUUUAAUGAAAAACACACUGAAGAACACUGGAGAGGUGUGAAACACAUUCUAAGAUACCUAAAGGGAGCACAACUCAAAAUGUUGAGAUUCCAGAAGACAGGUGAGCCCCUUCAAGUCUACUCAGAUGCUGACUGGGGAGGUGACAGAAUUGACCGUAAAUCUUACAGUCGUUAUAUAAUGCUACUCGCAGGUGCUCCAAUCUCAUGGUCGAGCAAGAAGCAACCCACAACAGCUUUAUUGUUGACAGAAUCAGAGUAUGUGGCGAUGUGUCACACAGCCAAGGAAAUCCUAUGGAUUAAAUAUCUGAUGAAGAAAAUCUGUACUGAAUUAGCUGCUUCACCUCAAAAAGUGUUAGUCGACAACUAG